AUGCCUGCUUUUCUUGCUCCUCACAGCAAUUCCUCAGCCUUUCUCCUAACAGGCUUCCCUGGCCUGGAACAGGAAUAUCCCUGGCUCUCCAUCCCUUUCUCCUGUAUCUAUGUGACGGUACUCUCAGGGAACUGCCUGGUGCUGCAUGUGAUCCACAUGGAGCCAAGCCUGCAUGAACCCAUGUUCUACUUCCUGGCUAUGCUGGCUCUCACCGACCUGUGCAUGGGGCUGUCCACAGUACACACGGUGUUGGGGAUCCUAUGGGGUCUCAGCCAGGAGAUCAGUCUGGAUGCCUGCAUUGGUCAAACCUUCUUUGUUCAUGGUUUAUCAGGCAUGGAGUCUGGAGUCCUCCUCGCCAUGGCUUUUGAUCGUUUCACAGCAAUCUGCAAUCCUCUGAGAUAUAUGUCUAUACUCACCAGUGCCAGGAUCAUCAAAAUCGGGCUGGGGAUUUUAGUUAGAAGUUUUAUACUCAUCAUUCCUCCCAUAGUCUGCCUAAAGUUUUUUCAUUACUGCCAUUCCCACAUCCUCUCUCACUCUUUCUGCCUACACCAAGACCUGCUGAGACUAGCCUGCUCUGACAUCCGCUUCAACAGUUUCUAUGCCUUGGCUCUGGUGAUUUGUACACUUUUGUUUGAUUCUGUGCUAAUUCUUAUAUCCUACAUUCUGAUCUUGCAUUCUGUUUUGGCCAUUGCAUCCCGGGAGGAGAGGAUCAAGUCCUUGCAGACCUGUGUCUCCCACAUCUGUGCAGUCCUGGUUUUCUACAUCCCAAUCAUUGGUCUGACCAUGGUGCACCGCUUUGGAAAGCACCUCUCUCCUGUGGUCCAUGUCCUCAUGGGCAACAUCUACAUCAUCUUCCCACCUCUAAUGAACCCCAUCAUCUAUACUGUGAAGACCCAACAGAUCCGAGGCAGGAUUCAGAAGUGGUUCUCCAUGAAGAGAAAGUAA